UUUUAUUAAACUAUUUAAAUAAAACUCGAAUAAUAAAAAAAAAAGUCAUAACAGAAAGCCUUGUAAAUUGUGAAAAUAAAUCGGGAAAAGAGUAUAACAAGGAAAUUAUGGAAAGUACAACAAGACGAACAGAAAAUGACUUUCACUUUGGUCGUACAAUUGGGGAAGGAAGCUUUUCGACUGUUUACGUCGCUAGAGAUUUAGAAACUAAAAAGGAAUUUGCAAUAAAAGUCUGUGAGAAAGCGCAUAUAAUUCGAGAACGAAAGCAAGAAUAUGUGACGAGAGAGAAAGCAGCCUUGUUAAAUCUCAAGAAUGUCAAAGGAGUCAUUUCAUUAUUUUGUACAUUUCAAUCAUCUUCAAAGCUCUUUUUUGUCGUCACAUUAGCAAGGAAUGGAGAUUUACUAAAAUACAUAAAUCAAUGUGGUUCAAUGCCUUUAGAAUGUGCAAAGUUUUAUGCCGGAGAGCUUUUAGUUGCAAUUGAAGGAAUGCAUAAAAAUAAUGUAAUUCAUAGGGACCUAAAACCCGAAAAUUUACUACUCGAUCAAAAAAUGCAUUUACUUAUUGCUGAUUUUGGAUCUGCUAAAAUUCUACCAGAAAAUUAUGAUCAUCUUAUUGAACAAGCAGAGAUUGAAAGAAGUCGGCAAUUUGAUGGAGAUGACGAGCAGUCAUCAAGACCUACAAGGCGUUCAAGUUUUGUCGGAACUGCACAAUAUGUGUCCCCUGAAGUCCUUAAUGGUGAUGCCGCUCAUCAUGGAUCCGAUUUAUUCUCAUUCGGUUCAAUUAUUUACCAAAUGUUAUGCGGCAAAUUCGCGUUCAAUGCUGAUAGUGAAUACUUGUUAUUCCAGAAGAUAUUAAAGCUUCAGUACUCAUUUCCUGAAAGUUUUGACGAAAAUGCUAAAGAUUUAAUCAAAAAAUUAUUCAAACUAAAUCCAGAUGAUCGAAUUGGUUCAACUGACCCCAAAGAUUUAAAAUAUGAAUCAAUAAGGAAACAGCCGUUCUUUGAUGGUGUUGAUUUUGAUAGAUUAAAUGACACUGAACCACCAUCAUUACCAAAUUAAUGUUACAUCCAUUUUUAAUAUACUCUAAUUCAUUUAAAUUACUCUCCUACACUACUAUUGAAAAAACUUUUUUAAACUAAAAUUUGCUGCAAAAAGAUUUAAAAAUUACCCAAUUUUUG